AUGGCAAAUAUGAAGAAGUUGGCCGCCAAGUACAGGGAGGAGUUGGAAAACGAAGACCCAACAUUGACGUUAUAUGGCCUCAGCGGAGAGCUGAGCGAUGGAAGUCUUGUCGGGGCGAGGAUUAGUGUCAAUGGACAGUCCCGUUCCAAGAGGCUAAGACAAGAGGAGCUGGAAAGGAUGGUAUCGUUGGUUCCCGAUGACACCAAUGAUGACGGACAGAAGCAGCGCACCUUCGUCAACUACCUCAUGGAGGACCCCUUCGAGGCCAUUAGCACUGGCGCUAGGUAUCUUGUUGCUGACCCCUAUUCACAGACUAGGUUGUCGUGGGACUUCAUACUUUCCAUAUGUAUUAUGUAUCAUGCAACGCUGAUUCCAUUUUCGCUCGCCUUCUACCUCACCGAUGAAGAUCGAAAGCAAUCCCAGCUGAUGCACUUUCUGCCGCUCCAAGAUAUCAUUUUCGCUGUCAACAUACUCGUGACGUGCUUCACUGGCAUCUAUAAAGAUGGUGCACUCGUUCGGGACCCGCGAGUUCUCAUCUGCCAAUACCUCAAGACUUGGUUCAUCAUUGACCUCGAAUUCGGCUCUGUCGAUGACGACUGGUGGUACAUGACGCGAAUACAGCAGUAUGCGGCUUGUCUGUAUUUUAUGAUAUCAACCAUCACGACGGUCGGCUACGGUGACAUCCACGCGUCGAAUCACCACGAAAGAGUAUUUUGCAUAAUAUGCGAAAUAGUAGCCGGCAAUUUGUUUGCAUUGUUUUCUGGUCUACUAUGUUCGUUGAUUUUGACAUAUGAUGAAGUUGGUGCCGACUUCAGAGCUCGGUUGAAGACCGCGAUGAAAUACAUGCACAGUAACAACGUCGAUCACAGAGUGCAAGUUCAAGUGCGGCGGUUCCUCGAGAGGCUCUUUCAAAACCAGGCUAACGAGCAGGCUAAGUCUGACUUACUCACGAUGCUACGAACAUCUGAUGGGCUUCGUAAUAGAGUAUUGGUAGGAGUGAUGGGAAGGAUGCUGAAACACUACAAGUGGUUUGACGUGAAGAUUACCGAUAUUCAGCUCGGCCGAGUUGCCUCUGUCGUUUUAACCAAGUGA